CGCGAUGGCAGAAGAGGUGAGGCAGGGGGAAGCGUCCGGCGUGGGGCGGGCCCCGACUUCCGGGGCGCUCCGAGGCCCCGAGAGAGCCACCCGGACCCCGCCGCGCCACCCAGGUGAACCCCCUGAUGAAGGCGACGGUCCUGAUGCGACAGCCUCAGCGGGUGCAGGAGAUCGUGGGCGCCCUCCGCCGGGGCGGGGGAGACCGGCUGCAGGUGAUUUCUGAUUUUGACAUGACCUUGAGCAGGUUUUCAUAUAAUGGAAAGCGAUGCCCUUCUUCUUACAAUAUUCUGGAUGACAGCACAGUCAUCAGUGAGGAAGGUCGAAAAGAGCUGUCUGUGCUCCUCCACCACUACUACCCAAUUGAGAUUGACCCCCAUCGAACCGCCAAGGAGAAGUUGCCCUACAUGGUGGAAUGGUGGACCAAAGCACACAAUCUCCUGUGUCAGCAGAAGAUUCAGAAGUUUCAGAUAGCCCAGGUGGUUAGAGAGUCCAAUGCUAUGCUCAGGGAGGGCUACAAGACAUUCUUCAACACGCUGUACCAUCACAACAUUCCCCUCUUCAUCUUUUCUGCGGGCAUUGGUGACAUCCUAGAAGAAAUCAUCCGGCAGAUGCAGGUGUUCCACCCCAACAUCCACGUCGUGUCCAACUACAUGGAUUUUGAUGAAGAUGGUUUCCUACAGGGAUUUAAGGGCCAGCUCAUCCACACGUACAACAAGAAUAGCUCCAUGUGUGAGAACUCCAGUUACUUCCAGCAGCUUCAGGGCAAAACCAACGUCAUCCUGCUGGGAGAUUCCUUGGGGGACCUCACCAUGGCUGAAGGGGUUCCUGAAAUGCAGAGCAUUCUCAAGAUUGGCUUCCUGAAUGACAAGGUGGAGGAGCUGCGCGAGCGCUACCUGGACUCCUAUGAUGUGGUGCUGGAGAGGGACGAGACGCUGGACGUGGUCAACGGGCUGCUGCAGCACAUCCUGCACCGGGGGGACCAGGUGGACAUACGGGGCUCCUGAGGCUGGCGUAAGGGGGAUGGAGCCACUCCCCGAGGGCAGAGAAGUGUUCAGAUACCCAGAGCUACAGGGCCCUUCCUGUCCUGCCCCCUCAUUCCCCAGCACCUUUGGCCUUGGAGGUUUGAUGAUGGCCCUGCCGGAUGGGCAGUGCUUGAACUGGGGCCCACAGCAUGUCGGCGCUCCAGGGAUCCGCUGUUCUAGGGAUCAUCCAGUCCAGGAAUUCCUUUUCUCAAAAAUGUUAAACACUCAAAACUGUUUUUUAAGCAAAUAUAAUGUGUGAAACAUCAAAA